CGCCGAUGCAUCUCUUCUGUUGCUCGUGUCCGCUGUGUCGUCUGCAGUUUAUUUGUCAAUUCUGUGACUCGAGUUUUUUUUAAAUGCACGAAUUUUUCUCUUCUGAAAUCACAUCGUCGAUUAGUAAGCACGCAUGUGUCCGUACAAAAAUCAGAGGAAAGCACCAAUCGCGAUUCUAACGCGUUUCUUUGGGAAUCGCUUAUAUUGAGUACAUUGAUGUUUGUCGACGAUCGAAUUUAGGUUAGGAGGAUGAGAAGCUUCGUCAAUAUUUUCAAGAUGCUCGUCGCGUUCUUUUACGAUUAUGCGCGCGGGUUGUCUUACACGGUAACGACGAUACUCGUAUUAUGUUACUGCCUCCAUCCGGCGCGUUUCGCUUCCCACUACACCUUCAUCAAGACCGAGAAUAUUUACGAGGAGAUGGAAAGAUCGUAUCCGCCGAGGGAUAACUCCUGCGUGAUAUCCGUUAACGGUAGACGGUCCUCUCAAUUGCUCUAUCCGGAGGAGCAUCCCCGGGAGGAUCCGGUGGCGAUGGCUCGACGACUCGGUAUACUACCGGGUGGCCAAUGGAAGCCUCUCAACUGUCACCCGCUCUUCAACGUUGCCAUCAUAUUGCCAUACCGCAACCGGCAGAGUCAGCUUGCUGUUUUCAUGAAUUAUAUACAUCCGUUUUUGCAAGCGCAAAAUCUGGACUAUCGGAUAUUCGUCAUCGAGCAGAGCCCGAUGCGCGAGUUUAAUCGCGCCAAGCUCUUCAACGUCGGUUACGCGGAGGCCACCAAAAUCAAUGACUUUCACUGUUUCAUUUUCCAAGACAUAGAUCUGAUACCGCAGAAUCUCGAUAAUAUCUAUGCGUGCACUAAAAUGCCCAGACACAUGAGUUCCAGUGUAAAUACUUUUCGAUAUAAUCUACCUUAUACAGGUCUGUUUGGGGGUGCAAUAGCAUUAACGAGAAAACAAUUCGAAAGAGUGAAUGGAUUUUCCAAUGUUUUCUACGGUUGGGGCGGAGAGGACGAUGACUUUUACAGUCGCUUACAGUUCAGAGGUUUUCAGAUUACACGCUUUGGACCUGAUGUGGCGCAGUAUUAUAUGCUAACACAUAAGAAGGAACCUCCCAGCACCGCAAGAUUCGCGAAUUUGGAGAAUGGUGCUCGUAGGUACGAUACUGAUGGACUUAACAAUUUGGAAUACAGAGUAUUGAACCAUCAAUUACGACCUCUAUACUCUUGGAUUUUAGCCGAUGUGUAAUUUUUAUAUAAGUUUUUUUAUAAGAUAUAUAUAUAUAUUGCACAUAUUCUUUAUAAAUUGGCUAUGAUUAUAAGUUACAAUAGCAUACUAUUAUUUUUCAGCAGCACCAAAAAAUUUUAUCUUAUACAGAAUACAUACUAAUCGAACAAAUAUAAUUGAUGGCAUGCUGUGAUAGAGUAUAUGAUUAAAUCUCGCAAUAUUACUUAGUGAUGAUUAAAAUACUACUGCACUUUUGUGUAUUAGAUUUGGAAAAUUCUAAGCCUGCAACAAAUACUUUUUACAAUCAAAAUAAUGCUUUUUUUCAAUAGCACUAAUAAAUUAAUAGUUUGUAAUUAGUUAACAGUUUGUACAAAAGAUAAUAAUCUAGUUAUAUAAUUGAUAAGGGUUGAAGACUGUAAUCAUGAAAAAAGCCAUUUUUUUUACACAAUUCCUCAAAAUAAGAAGCAAUAUUACUUGAAGAUACAUAAUAUACUUUCAUUCUCUAAAUCAUUAUUUAAUCUCAUAUUUUCAUCAUAUUUAUAUACAUAAAAGAAUUGUAGUUAUUUAAUGGCACAAGAAUCCAUUUCAUAAUAAAAAGUAUAUUAUAUAAUCUUUGGUUGUAAGAUAUAUAAUACUUACCUUAUACAUGCUCAAAGAGAUUCUGGUCUUUAUGUACCUCUUGUGUUAUAAUAAUGUAGUGAUUUUGGUACAUUGUGAUUGUUCCUAAUUGUUUUAGAUAUAAAAUAAUUUUUUUCUGUUAUAAAACAAAGUCUGAUGUAAUAUUGUAUAAAUAUUUAAAUAUGAUUGAAUUAGAGAAUUUUCUCUAAUAUUGUUCACUAACGAGUUUACUAACGAUUAUAGUAACAACUUAUUAUAAAUCUCCGUUUUUCUUGGUUUGUAUCUCUGAAUAUAAUAAAGAUGAUAGUGAUAAAAUUAUUAUAUAAGGUGUGUCAUAUUAUAACAAUGAAGUAUUAUAAAACAAUAAAAUGUGUAUGUAUUAAUUUAUUAUUAAAUAUUAAAGAGAAAACGACUGUAGAAAUAAAAAUGUAGAUAUAAAUAAGACAACUAGUAUAUAGUGUAACACCAUACUGAUCUACAUUUUGUGAAUAUUUUUAAAAAAUAUUGUAUAUUAUAUAAGGAAUAUAUUUAAAACGAUGAAAUACAAAAUUUUAUUGUUUUACUAAGCUUAAAGUAUGAUUCUAAAAAAAAAAAAAAA